AGCAGGAAGCACGACAGCAAUGGCAGCGACCUUGUACAUAGCAUGCUGUACAUAGCGGUUCAAUGACUGUCCUGCUUUAAUUGCGAGAUUUUAAAUCUUUUGAAGUGAUUGAUUUGUAUUAAUAGUGCCGGUGUUUAGGCGAACAGCAUGCUCUCCUUCAUAAAGACGGCCGUCACGGGCUUAUCCGGUAUCUGUAAAACCUACGGUCACCGAGGUCUUUUGCACAGUCACGUGAAAGUCCUCACUGCUGGAUUGAAGACAUUUGAAAUACCUCCAGACUACAGUGACGUGGUUUUACCAGAGAAAGUAAAACUAAAAUUUAUGAACAAAGUUCCCAAUCUUAAAAAGGCCAAGAAAGAAAGGAAGAAGCUGCGGGAUAUCCAAGGGCCAGCUGUGGCAGCAAAUGCCUUCACAACAGGACAGUAUGCUAUUGUGGCCAUGGGAGGCGGCUACCUUCAUUGGGGUCACAUUGAGAUGAUGCGUCUAACAGUCAACCGCAAGAUGGAUCCUCAGACGACAUUUGCUCGAUGGCGAAUCAAUAGCCCCUAUAAGCCGAUCACACGUAAAGGUCUGGGACAACGUAUGGGUGGGGGCAAGGGAGCCAUCGACCACUAUGUGACACCUGUUCGCUGCGGCCGUCUAAUCAUUGAAGUGGGAGGAAAGGUGGAGCUUAAAGAGGUUGAGCCUAUCUUGACUGAAAUAGCAAAGAAGCUACCCUUUCCUGCCAAGGUCAUGAGCAGAAAGAGCCUUGAAGAGAUGCACAAGAAGCAGGCUGAAAUGGAGCAGAACAACCAGAACCCGUGGACCUUCAAGCAGAUAGUGCAAGGCAACAUGAUGGGUGUUAGGAGAGUGGUUAGCCCUUUUGACCUGCGCAAUCAUGGACGUUAUAUGGGAAAAUUUCAUCUAACAGGGAGGGUGUGAAAGACUUGAGGCACUGAAAUCAGUAGUGUCAUCAUAUUGUGACUCAUUCAACUUGCACCAUUAACUGAAUGGAAAUGGAUUCAGUCAUAUUUGGAAACCGUUCUUCAUUUUUUACACCAAACAUAUAAGUUCAUUUGGAGUUUUUUGUUUUUUGUCUUGAAAACAAAUAAAGUGUAUGUUUUCAUGUUUCA